AUGAGUAUCAACAGAGAUGAGGCUCUUAGAGCCCAAGAUUUAGCAGAGGGUUUGAUGAAAAACUCAGACUUCACUUCUGCUCGUAAGCUUGCGAUGAAGGCUCAGAAGAUGGAUUUUAGCCUGGAGAACAUUUCUCGUAUGGUGAUGGUCUGUGAUGUUCACUGUGCUGCAACAGAGAAAUUGUUCGGGAACGAGAUGGAUUGGUAUGGGAUACUUCAGGUUGAGCAGAAUGCUAAUGAUAUUAUCAUCAAGAAACAGUACAAGAAGCUCGCGCUUCUUCUCCACCCUGAUAAGAACAAGCUCCCGGGCGCUGAAUCGGCUUUUAAACUGAUUGGUGAAGCCCAGAGGAUACUUUUGGACAAAGAGAAAAGGACGCUUCAUGACAUUAAACGCAAAACUUGGAGAAAACAUGCACCAGCACCAUCAUAUAGAGCCCAACAUGUGCCGAAUUAUCACACAAAGCCUGUUUUUCAGCCAGGCGUUAAUAUGAGGAAUGUCUUCAACGAGUUGAGACCGGAGAAUAGGCCUCCCCAACAAAAAGCUCAAGCCCAACCAGCCGCUUUCAGUCACCGUCCAACGUUUUGGACCUUUUGUCCCUUCUGCCAGGCAAAGUAUGAAUAUCUUAGGAAACAUAUCAAGCUAAAUGUUACUUGUCAGACUUGCAAGAAACAGUUCACUGCUUUUGAAACUGCUUUCCAGAGUGUACCACUUGCAAAGAGCUCAUGUCAGACUACUUUUUCCGUCCCGCAACAGAACAAGUUUCCAGGCCAAAAGGCUUGCAAUGAACCGCAAAAGCAUCCAGAUAAUCCUGCCACUGUUUCCUCUAGAAAGGCGAAGAAGAGAAAGAAUCUAUCAGCGAGUGAAAGCUCUGACAGUGAAAGUAGCAGCAGCGAGUCAGAAGAUGAUUUAAACGAUGAUAUUACGGUAGCACGAAAUCCGGGGUCCGAUGGAGGACAACAGCCUCGGAGGUCAGUCCGUAGCAAGCGGCAGGUUUUCUAUAAUGAAAAUUUGAGCGACGACGAUGCAGACUUAGUCAACGACAAUGGGGAAGGGUCCCGGAAAAAUAUAGGCACUGAAAUGGAAGAAGAGCCAGAAGACGAAAAGCAGACACAUGAGGAUCAUCACUCUACUGAAAGCUUGCCAAAUGGCAUAAACCAGGAGGAGAAGAUGAAAGAAGACCAGGUUAAAAGCUCUGCUGGUGUCAGUGACUUGGAGGAAGAUUUAAGUUCAGCAAGUGCAGCAAAACCAAAUCUUAUCAACUAUGAUGAUCCUGAUUUCAAUGACUUCGAUAAGUUGAGGGAAGAAAGCCUUUUUCAAGUUGGCCAGAUCUGGGCUUUAUAUGAUGAAGAAGAGGGAUUGCCUAGAUUUUAUGCUCUCAUAAAAAAAGUUACAACUCCAAAUUUCUCGCUUAAGUACGUAUGGUUGGAGGCAGACGAAGAUGAAGAGAAUGAAACACGAAAUUUGCCCGUCAGUGUUGGUAAGUUCGAACUUGGCGGAGAGGAGAAGACAGAUCAGUGUUCUAUUUUCUCCCAUUUGGUCCACAACAAAACAAGAAGCAGGGCCAGGCAUUUUAAGGUAUUCCCGAAGAAAGGAGAAACGUGGGCCAUUUACAAGAACUGGAACAACGACUUGUCCUCUGAGUCAGAUUCUUCUCGUGAGUAUGAGUUUGUUGAGAUCGUGUCUGAUCAUACAGAGGGAGCCACAGUAUCAGUCGGGUUCUUGUCUAAAGUGGAAGGCUUUUCAUGUGUUUUCUGUCCAUUGCCAAAGGAAGAAUCAGACACUUUUGAGAUCUCACCUCAUGAGUUCUGUAGAUUCUCACAUAUGAUUCCGCAUUUCAGAUUGACGGGAACAGAAGGGAGAGGCGUAAUGGAAGGUUGGUAUGAGCUCGAUCCAGCUGCUUUACCAGUCCCUGGCUCUCAAAAUCUGUCAGGACAAGAAGCAGCUCAAGACCAAGACCAAGACCAACAAUCAUCAACUGCAGGAUCUGCCUCUUAA